AUGGACAUAGAUAAUGAUAUUAAAAGUUUAAAGAAAAAAUUCUUGUUAAAUGGAUACCCCAACAGGUUACUUACAAACUGGGAAGAAAAAAUCAACAACGUAAAUAAUAAAAAGAAUCCUGAAAAGAAUGAAAUAGAUAAUGGAAAGAUUUCAAAUGAAAAUAAAAUGAAAUAUAUUCCAUUUCCUUAUAUUAAAGGUUUAUAUGAAAAAAUUAAUAAAGAAAUAAGACAUACUAAUGUAAAACUUGCCCCGAAAUAUAAAAAUUUUCUUGCCAGAUUAAAUAAUAAUAAUACAACUAGGUCAACAGGAAGACAACAAGUGAAAGAUACAGAAAACGUAGUAUACCAAAUUCCAUGUACAUGUGAAAAUAAAAAAUAUGACAUAGGAGAAACAAAGAGAAAAAUGGAAGUUAGACUAAAAGAACACGUAGCAGAUCUAAAACAUAAUAGAAAUAAUUCAGCCUUUCUCGAACAUUGCACGUUGAAUAACU